AUGUUUGUGCGACCGAUCCAACCGAAAACAAACGAAGAUCGUAAAGCAAUACAGAAUAAUGACAAAUUUAGAAACAAAAAGAAGGAAUCAAUGUGGUUGAAUGUACGAAACAGAAGUAGAGAAUACUUGGUAUUAUUUCUCGAAACUUCUAGUAUACAUGGUUUGAAUCAUCUUAUUGCUGCAAGAAGACAUCCCUUUGAAGUUUUCCUCUGGCUCACCAUAGUAGUCCUAUCAGUGUUUGGUUCCAUAUACCUAUCUCAAACCACCUGGGCUCGCUACCAGUCGUCCCCCACCGUAGUGUCAAUGGACAGAGACAUGUUCGCUUGGAACACUACCUUCCCUUGUGUUACUGUGUGCAAUGACCAGAAGAUUAAUCUGGUGAAAUUGGAGGAGUUCGUGAAAAAAUCGGACAUAGAAGACAAGGAAGGUUUAAAGAAGUUCAUACUAGCUCUAGGCAACGCAACGUAUAAAAACUUUGAAACAAUGCCAAUCUUCGACCAAGUAAAACCUUCCGAGUAUAUGGACAUUCUUUUCGAGCUCUCUUCUGGAUUCAAACCCAGUCUAACUAUUGGUGCUCUGGGUAGGGAUUUGGAGAUUACACCUACUAUGACUGAAAUGGGCAUUUGUUAUGCGAUCAAUUCAAAAAUAGCUGUAUAUAACUCUCCAGGAUAUAUAAAAGCAAAUAGAUGGGAUAUGAUAACUACUCAGAAUGCAUCGAUUACUGUACAUCCAUUGGAUGGAGAAGUAUUUGCACAUGUUUUAAACCUUUCGUCGUCUUACGACGUAUACAUCCACGGACCUUUAGAAGUACCAGAUAUAUCAACAAAGUUUGAGCACUCUCCAGAAAUGUUCUACAUGAAGCUCUACGUCACAGCAUUUACUGUCUACACAUCACCAGAAGCUGCCAGGCUAACAAUCGGCCAGCGUAGAUGUAGAUUCACACAAGAGAACAAUCUCAAGCAUUUCGCGGUGUACUCAUAUACAAACUGUCAGAUGGAGUGCAGAGCCCGACUUUGCUUGAAGUAUUGUGAUUGCCUGCCGUAUUUCUACAGGAGAGUUGGCGAUGAAAAAAUGUGUGAUGUCAGAGGCUUCCACUGUUUAGCGAAACACAAAGACGAGUUGUAUAAAUUACGAGACAAGGCUGGUAAGAAGAUAAAUUGUGGAUGUGUACCCAUUUGCAAUGACGUCAACUAUGUCAUACAAUCCAAUGAUCUACAAGAAUGGUUUCUGGGGACAAACUUGCAGUGGGGCAUCGUCACUUACCCCCGCAUGAGAUACCGACGAGACAUCAUUUUUGGAUUCACUGAUGUUCUGGUGGCUGUAGGAGGAAUGGCCGGGUUGUUUCUUGGUUGCAGCGUGCUGAGCUUCAUGGAGAUAGUUUAUUUCUUAACUUUACGACUUAUUUGCUACUCUAGAUCUACUAUGCGGAAAUAG